AUGGAAUUUUUAAAUGAUGUUUUUAUGAGAAUGAUGACGGACAGAGAUUUUUCACUAAGAAAAAGUAGAGAAGAUGUGGCUGCAGAAUUCGAAGAAUAUUUAAAGAAGUUGGAAAGUCAAUUCACUGCUUAUCCCACUGAUCAUUAUCACACUUUUACAACGCUCGCAUCCAAUAACCAAAAUUACAGAGAAACAAGUCAUAAUGUUAAUCUUCACUUAGCAAAUAGAAUUUCCAUAGCAAAUUUAGAACUUGAUAAAGUGCAUACCAACAAAUUCUUAUUAUGUCGGGUAAUAACCAGGUGUUGUAAAAUGGCUUCUCUUAUGACCAUUGUCGAAGAUCCUGAAGGUGAUGCUGUAAAGAUAGCUUUGUAUAACUGGGUCAAACAAUCAGACAUUCCUCUAAAAUAUCGGAACAAAUUGUUCCCUGUUGAUAAAGUAUCAAUGCUACUACCUAUAGGCACUAAAAUUGCUAUUAAAAAUCCAUAUUAUAAAAUUGCUACUGAUGGUACCCCCAUGAUUCGUUCAGAUAACCCUGGUGAAAUUAUUAUCAUUGAUCAGAAUAAAAAAUUAUUUAAUGGAGUGAAAUGCGGAAAUGACUAUUUUAAAUCAGGAAAUUUUGCGUCUGCUAUUGGCGAAUAUUCAAAUGGCAUCAGUCUGGAGCCAAGUGAUGUCACACUGCUUUGUAACCGUGCCGAGGCAUAUUUGAAAUUGAAUAAAUAUGCGAAAGCACUUGCUGAUGUAGAAGUUGCUCUUAACUAUCAGAAAGAUAAUAAAAAAGCAAUUUUCCGUAAAGCUAGAGCUCUUUUUGGCCUUAAACGUUAUCAAGAGGCUGUGAUUAUACUUCAAGAUUUGCUUCAAAAAAGUCAAGAUAAUACUGAUGAUGAUACUACUUCUACUAAGAAGAGUGUUGAGCAAUUAUUAAAGCGCGCAGAAAUGUUUGACUCUGAAAAUCGAAAUGGGCAAUAUGAUUACAUUCGUAUCGUUGAUGAGUUUUGUGAAAGGGUGAAAGUUAGUGAGAGUAAUGAAGAUUCUACGGAUUGGGUUUAUGAAGGAGGUCCAAGAUUAGAUCAUGCUGAUUUCUUAACUGACAAUAUUGAGAUUCGUAGUGUUAACAAUAAGGGAAGGGGCUGGUUUGCUAAAUGUAAGAUUCCUGAAGGCACACUUUUGAUGGCUUCAAAAGCAUUUGGAGUGGUGUAUGUUAAUGAAGCUCCCCCUUCUUUGAACCUCGAUUUUUCAAACAAGAUUAUGAAGGAAGCAACUGAAAUACAAUUAAUAACUAAUAUUGCUCAAAAGCUCAAUACAGAACCAGAUUUUUGUAAAGAAGUGUAUAAGUUGUAUGCUGGACCAGGUUUAGUUCCUGGGAAGAAGCUUAGUAAAGGUGCAUCACAUUCAGUAGAUAUAAACAGAAUAGAAAAGAUUCUCCAAUAUAAUUCUUUUGGUUUGAGGGAUCAUUGGCAUGUUUUUGAUAAUAUUGGAAAAAAAAGCGAUUUUAAGUCAAGAGUUGGAACAGGCCUGUGGAUUUUGCCAUCUUAUUUCAAUCACACAUGCGUAGAUAUAAAUGUUGAUUGGUUUGUUAUUGGUGAUUUGAUGUUUUUAAGAUCUUGUCAACCCAUUUUAAAAGGAGAGGAGUUAGUUUUGAGUUAUUGUAAUCCUAUGAGUUCAUAUGAAGAGAGAUCUAGUUAUCUUAAAUUUUAUGAUAUAAAUUGUGAAUGUCGACUUUGCAAGUUGGAAAGAACAGAAGAUUAUUUGAAAAAACAACAACGAGAUAAUAUCCUUGAAAACUAUGAAAAAUCUGUAAGAGAUCGGGUAGUCAGAUUUCUCGAAGGCAUUUCUUUUGAUAUUUCUCUCGUUAAGGACUUAAAGAACAUAAUUGAUAAAUUAGAUAACUUAAGAAAAGAACACACAGAGCUAGAUUUUUAUUCAGUUGGGCCUAAAUCUGCUUUGGCAAUGGAGUUAUGA